CGGGCCACGUCGGCCACAGAACAAAACGCGCGGUGACAGUCGCACCCCAGAACUUAGCAUGUCAGAAGAACAGCCCAGACUUCUCACCGCCUCGGUCUCGGACUUCAGGUACUUUGCUGCCCUUCUUAGAGGCGUCAACUUCGCCAAUCGCGCGACCGUUCAGAUCAACGCCGACGGCCUUACUGUCACCGUCGAGGAGAGCCGCGUUCUCGUCGCAACCGCCUGGGUGUUCAGCGCCGUUUUCGACGAGUUCACAUACAAUCCGCACGCCGCCUCUCAACCUUCGCAGCAUCGGCAAGAACAUGCGGGAGGAGAUGACGGGGAAGAGGAGGUGGAAAUGGCGAGCGCGUUCGAGAUUCCACUCGGCACCCUCAUGGACUGCCUGAACGUCUUCGGGACCGCCGCGCAAGCGCCUGGGACGUCGUCCAAGAAGAGAAAAAACGGAGACGAUGACUCAGACGGAGGUGGGGGUGGGGGUGGGGUGAAGAAGGACAAGGGCAAAGGUCGCGCGGACGCCGAGGGGGGCAACGCGCGGCUCGAUGAGUGGUUCGCCCCAGGGAAGGGCACGGGGAUGCGCAUGUCAUACGCGGGGGCGGGGCACCCGCUGACGGUGCUUGUGGCGGAGGAGUCGGGCGGUCCGACGGCGACGUGCGAGAUUACAACUUGGGACCCCGAGCCUAGAAUGACGUUCAACUUCGACAAUGACGCGACUGUAUUGAGAAUUAUUCUGAAGUCAUCCUGGCUGCGGGAUGCCCUCUCUGAGCUCGACCCCUCCACCAAAAAGCUGACGAUCAUCGGGCACCCCCCACCUCCUGCUGUCGCAAACAACCGAGUGCCGCGCAACGCGCCCCCGCGCCUGCGCCUGCGCGCGGUCGGCGAGUUCGGGACGACGGAGAUGGACUACCCGAACGACCGUGAGGUGCUCGAGACGUGCGAGUGCCCCGCGACGGUCUCAUUCACAUACACGUACUCGUACAUUGCGAAGGCUAUGCGCGCGCUGCAGAGCUCGUCCAAGACAUCAUUGCGGAUUGACGACGAGGGGCUAUUGAGCAUGCAGUUCUUGAUGCCUGGGCCGAGGAAGCAGGGCAGGGAGAGGUCACAGGCGUUUAUCGAGUUCUGGUGCCUACCUCUGGAGGAGUGACGGCGUUUAUACCAUGGUGUCUCUUCUUGCGCGCACCUUCAUAUUGUAUCCAUAGCCACUUAUCAAAC